AUGGCUAGCCUGAUACGUGGAUACAUACAUGAUGCCUUUGAGUUUGUUUUUCCUGGUGAAUGCUUAGAAGAGAUGCUUCUGAAGUUCAACUUGUUUCAUCCAGUAUGCGCUUCCAUUGCUCUUUCUCGAGCUCUUGGAUUAGGAAUUACUUGUGCUUCGCUACUUCUCUUCGUGCCUCAGAUCAUUAAAAUUCAUCUUGCCAAGUCCGGUCGAGGGAUAUCAUUGGCUUCACAACUAUUUGGUCUUAUGGCUUGCUUUGGGACAGUAGCCUACAGCUAUGCAAAAAGCUUCGUCUUCAGUCAGUGGGGAGAUUCGUUGUUUGUGUUUAUACAGAUGGGGAUAGUCAUAUCGCAAAUUUUAUACUUUGAUUCACGUAUUUUCACGAUGUUACUUUUUAUGGCAGCUUGUUUUUCUACAUCACUGGCCGUUGUCUUGGAGUUUAUUCCGCUUCCUAUUCUCACAUUUUUACAGGCUUCCACAAUAUUUGUAGUUGCCAUUUCAAAACUCCUUCAAGUUUGGGAGUCCUACAGUAAUAAAAGUACUGGCCAAUUAUCCAUGAUCUCGGUUGCCUUGCAAUUCGCAGGAUGCCUUGCCCGCAUUUUUACGUCAGUAAAGGAAACUGGGGACUUGUUGGUUAUUGUGAGUUAUGUUGUUGCCAGUGUUUUGAAUGGAAUUAUAUUCUUACAAUUCUUCGUAUACUGGGAUGCUGGAUUGUUUGGACUCCCCGUUCUUAAAAUAGUUAUUCGGAUUGUUAAUUGCUUCAUGGUUUUCACUUUUAGUUUAUUGGCUCGUUGUGGUCUAGUUAUGGGGUACCUCCCGAAAACUACAAUGGCGAGGAUCUUAAAAUAUCUAAAGAGCAUUCCAUCGAGAACUGUGGAAUAUUUUGUAGUGUUAGGAAAUGAUUACAAAACUGCUAUGGUGGAUGCCUUUAAAGAUGCUAAAAAUAGACCGAUAAGAACAGGAGCAAUAACAGCGUUUAUUGCAGGGCUCACAUAUGCUUACAAAACAAACCCAACUGAAGAAGACAUGUUGAAUGAGCUCGCCCACAAACGACAGAUCUUAGCAACGCUACCAAAUACAAUCCAUAAUCCACUUUCGGACCAUGAAUUAAGUUGGAGAACGAACUUUUUGAACCAAAACUGCGUCCAGUACAUUGACUGUUUCUUCUUUUCCUUACUACUUGAAAAACCGAACGAUACUAAGGUUCGCAUAUAUGAAAGCCAGGAUAAGAAUUUGAAAGAUUGGUGGUUCAAUGAGCUCCGCCACAAUUUCAUCGACAUAGGGAUGUUUGGGAACUGGCAUCGCUUAAAUAAAAGUUUUGUUAAUUAUGAUGUUAAUAAGGAAGAAUUAGAGUCUCUUCCUGACAAUAAAAACUAA